GUUUGAACGACGUUCUCCACCGCGCUGCUGGAUAUAUGGCAUGCUUGGACGCUGUUCACGCUGCUCGUGCAAAUGGUCUUCCAACGGAGAUGAUAUGCAGGCUGAUGCCAAGUGCAUGGGAUAUACUUUGGUCAAAAGGAAGAGGGCGGAUCGGUGCCCUUGAAACCAGGGUGCAGCUCCGAAGGCUGUCAGACUGCUUCUGCGCUUCUCUGCCUCAACUUCAUUGCCGAUGGCCGCCAUGUUCACUAUAAAACGAACGCGCCAUCCCCGUCCACCGCAUCCGUUCCCUUCCUCUUUUCUCUGACCCUUGUCGUUGCCACCGUCGCUCGCUCUCUCCCUCUACGACCCAAGCAAACCACCAGCCGUAAUGAUGUUCAAGUCCUUUGCCGCUGUCCUCUUUGCCGCCGCCGGCCUCGUCGCUGCGACGCCCAUUGUCCACCCCACCGAGGACAUUGUGUUCACGCCGACCAUCACCGAUCCCACCGCGGUCACCACCUGGGCUGUCGGCAGCAACCAGACCGUCACUUGGGACACGAGCAAGAUUCCUGCCGAGGCUCAGAACUCGACUGGUGUCUUACUCCUUGGUUACCAGCAGUCGGAUGACGACAGCGAGCACCUCGACAUCGCACACCCUCUUGCCGCACAAUUCCCCAUCUCCGCCGGCUCCGUCGCUGUCACCGUCCCCAACGUGACCACUCGCAACGACUACAUUGUCGUCCUGAUCGGUGACUCUGGAAACAAGUCCCCCAAGUUCACCAUCCAGUGAACGCGCGCAACUCGCGUCUUGGGCGACAUAGGGGGGGAUUGUUGGCUACCACUGGAAUCACGGACGCUAUCGGACACUUGAGCUCGUCGACUUACUCUCGUCAUGAGUCUACAAAUCAUUUACGGACUAUGAUCUGCAUGCUAUCUCAGCCGAUGUUUCGCUGUCGUUACCUAUCAUAAUUGACAUUGUUGGGAUCAGCUCU